AUGGACACUACCACAGUAGAUACCACGCUGGUUGAUUCCACAACAAUGGACACUACCACUGUAGACACUACCACAGUAGAUACCACGCCGGUUGACACCACCACAAUAGAAAUUACUGUCACAUCAACUACCACUUUCGACAUUACCACGACAGACACAACAGUCUCAGAAGAUACUACUGUUGUUUUCCCUACUACCACAACCAUAGGAGGUAGCAGUACAAUUGAAACCACCACAGGGGAUGCCAUCACAGUUGACUCUACCACAGAUGCAAGCUCAGCUGAUAUCACCACAGCCACAAGCACUACACAAGCCCCCACCACCACACAAGCACCACCACACAAGCCCCAACCACCACAGAAGCCCCAACCACCACACAAGCUCCCACCACCACAGAAGCCCCAACCACCACACAAGCCCCCACCACUACAUCAAGCUCUACGUCAACAAUUUGAAGAAUCAACUUGCAACGCAGG